AUGGGCAACCGGCGCGAAUCAGUACCGAGAGGGACCUCCACCGAUCCAACUAACGCGAGUACACAGGAAUCCGUCAGCCAUCGGAAACGAGCAAGAGCCUGCCUGUCGUGUCGCGCGAACAAGUCACGAUGCAUCGCGGUCCGCAAUGAGGAUUCUUGUCACGCCUGUUUGAAAGCUUUCCGACAAUGUGUUAUGCCAGGCCCGACAAAACCGCGAGUAGGCACAGCACAGCGGGUGGGUAAGCUUGAGAGAAAGAUCGAACGCCUGACGAACGCCCUGCUGUCUCAACAACAGCAGCGUCGCGGCUCGAUAGAUUCAGAGACAGGUGAUGAUGACCGAAGUGAAGGUGAUGUCCGAUCCCCGCGCAGGGCGUCUUCGCAGCCCUCAGGUAGUUACGACUCCGCUCGAUAUUUUCCUUCUGACAGAAUUUUCCCUGGUGAGGGACCUCAAACAAGCGCUCCAGUAUUUGCAUUCAAUAUUGGAAGUCCCGAGUUCACCUCUGUGAAGCAUGUCACUGGCCUUGACAUUGUGUCGAAGUCUACGGGAACUACCUUGUUCAAUCACUGGAAGGCAAAUAUUAGUUCACUGUCGCCAGCCGUUGUUCUUGCCACCUCAAGCGACGCAGAUACUAUACGAGCUCGCAAACCUCUAUUGUUCCUCGCGAUAGCCACAGUGGCAAGCGCAUCAGUCCAGCCCUGCUUGCAAUCACCGCUGGUCAAAGUAUUAACACGAGACCUAGCAGAACGUAUCUUGGUUGUUGGCGAGAAAUCUUUGGAGCUCGUACAAGCUAUCGUCGCGUAUGCGGACAAUUUCUUUCCUGCAGACAAUGCAAGAGCCUCAGCAUUCACAAAAUACAUCCAUUGCGCGCUUUCAAUCUGCAUAUAUCUUGGCCUAGAUAAAGGGCGUAUCGGCGAUCAUAUCAAGGACUAUGCUGAAGCACUGGAAUGGGAACGAGCCUGGCUAGGCUGUUAUUACAUCGCUUCUUGUAAUGCUGCACUUUUCGGCCACCCACUCCCCGUGGUGACGACUGCGACUCUAGAGGGGCAGAAGAGAAUGCUAAUCGAGGGGCCGAAUGCGACUGACAACGAUCGACAUAUGCUUAGUCUUCUACGUAUCCAAGGAAUAUUGAACGAUGUUUCUCGAGUUUUCAAGCUGAAUCAUGAGACCACACCUAUCUCGUUCAAUGAAGGCAUCUCGCAACUACAGCUCGAGACCUUUCGCCAACGAAUUGAAAUGAUACCGGGAGCGAGGGAUAACUCCAAAUUUGUUCGCCUCAUCGAAUUUCUCAUACCUGCAGUGACUAUAUACACGCAUGACGUUGCGGUGCGGAGUUACAAUCUCACCUGCAUUGGCAGAAAGGCCCAAGACAUGUCCCUGAGCCCUGCCCAUCUCGAGGCAUUAUACCUUUGCCUACAAAGCUGCCACGGAGUCCUGUCUAUGUACCUAUCCUACCCCGUCCAGCUGGCUCGAUGUCUCCCAAACCUAUAUCUAGUCUGGACUGUCUACGCAGCAACCAUUUUAAUCCGUUUGGGCCACUUCCAGAAAACCGCACUGCAGAGUCCGAUCGCUGGAAUGCUGGAAACGACAACCGAGCAGUUCUUGGACGCCCUCAUUACUCGACUUGGUGAAAUAUCAGCCGAGGGCUAUUGCCUCUCUGCGAGAGAGUUCCACUCGGUCUUCAAGAAGUUGAAGCUUUGGGAGGUCCAUCGGAAAGCCCGCCAUGGCGAGGAGCACUCAAAAAAUGACCUGUUGGUCGCGAACAGUGGUAUAAAGUCUGCCCCAUCGAAGUCAAUGAUGUACAAUACUCAGAAUACUACUACAUGGAAAGAUGCGCAGCUGCUGCGAGAGAUUAAGGAAGUGGGAUUUUCACCAACCAACCAAUUUGAGACCCAGUUGUAG